ACUAAGCAAAGACAUUUAAAAAUGUUGAACAAAAUCGUACUAGGAGGCCUGACACUCGUUUGUCUCGUGAAUAUUGCAGGUUCUAUUCCAACACGAUCUAAUCUAUAUAGGGAGAUUCUCGGUUCCAUAGCCUCGGCCAUCACGGCUGAAAUUCGUGAGGACCGUGAAUUUUCGCAGGAAUUGGAGAUUUUGAAGAAAGGUGCAAAUAGGCCCAAAGGAUAUGGAAUGACAGCUGAACUGGCAAAUAAGAAAGCCGCAAAGUUUGAUCCAGAUUUAGCACAGGAGGCCAUGACCUGGAUACACGAUGUGCUUAACACAGGCGACAACGGACAACAAGAGUUGGCGAAGAAAAUGGAAUUUGUACCAUUCACGACGCAGAAAGAUGUCCAGGACGUACUGAAGGAUGGCAUCAUUUUAUGCAAGCUUAUAAACAUAAUCAACCCCGGGAGUGUUAGAAAAAUCAAUCUUAGUAAGUUGGCUUUCAAACAGAUGGAAAAUAUUAGAAACUUUCUGACUGCAUGCGAGAAUAUCGGCAUGAAUAAAAUAGAUUUGUUCCAAACUGUAGAUGUAUAUGAAGGGACCAACAUACCUCACGUUAUUAAUGGCAUCUUUGCCUUAGGCAGAAAGGCCCAGAUGAUAGGGUUUGAUGGCCCGAGACUCGGACCCGAGGAGGCGACCGGAAAUAGAAAAGAAUUCUCCGAUGAACAGCUUCGGGCUGGCGAGGGUGUAAUUGGGCUACAGGCUAUGUCCAAUAAAGGUGCAAGCCAAGCAGGACAGAACUUUGGGAAAUCAAGAGCAAUCCUAGAUUAAACGAGGACUCUCAAUAUCCAUUUUAGUCUUUGGUUUAAUUUUGCUACUUAGAUACCUAUUGUUUUUCAAACUAUAUAU